CAACUUUAUGUUUAUAUUUUUCAGGUUGAGUUUGUGGCUCGAAAAACCGGAAAUGAUGAAGCUGUGAGUGAACACGGUUGUCAGAGUUCUCAAGAUGUAGCAGCACAGUCUGAGGAAGAUGAUACAGAUAGAAUGUGUGAACAAGACAUACCUGUAUAUAAUACAUAACCUAUGGACAUUCAGUCUCUAAUAACUCUAGCUGGCACUUCCGAUAGACAAGUAGAUGAGAUAUCUUCGGGUGUGAGUACAUGUAAGAGCAAAAAGGAGACUGAGAUGUUUUCUGUGCAGUGCCAGGUUCCAUAUAACCUUGUUAAACGCAAGCAUGCCGCUGUCCAAGAAAAUUCCACAAUGUGUACUAAAGAAGUACAGACUGAUGUUGUUCUUUCUGUACCAGAAGCAGACAGGCAUAAUAUGGACUCUAUAUUACACAGUAGUAUGUACUUCUACAAAUCGAAGGAAGACCCAGUAUGGCUGCCACUGGAUGACAGUACUUUAAGUGAGCAAAGUUUUCAGCAAGAACAUGUAAAUGAAGCUAAGGAGAGAAACAUAACUGGACAAGUUGUUCAGACUUUGUAGGAAAUGUAAUAGAGAAUUGGUCAUAGAAAAAUAUGUCAGUGGUACUUUUUUAAAAGUCAAAACAUCGUGUUCCAAUUGUGUUGAAAAUGAGGAGUGGUCGAGUCAGCCAAUGUCCGGUAGCAUGGCAUUUGGGAAUUUAAUUCUAGGUGCCGCGAUUCUGUUCUCGGGACUGAGCCCAGGUAAGGCCCUUAAAAUGAUUGCCUUUGCUGGAAUACAGACUUUUGUGAACGCGCAUUCAGUGUAUAUCAGAUUAUUUACUAUGUGCCAAGUGUUAUCUCAGUAUGGACCUCACACCAAGCUCGUUUGGCUGACGCAAUUAGUAAAGCUGGGAGAACAGUUAAACCAGGUGGUGAUGCACGGUUCGAUUCGCCUGGACAUACAGCAAAAUACGGGUCAUAUAGUGUUAUGACAAACAAGAUACUGGAUUGCCAGUUAGCGCAGGUAAUCAUGUCGUUUGCAUGUUUGUCUAGGUACAUGUACAUUUCACAUAAUUAAUCAUAAUCUGCUAAAUAUUUCACUUAUGCUAUAAUUCCCUGUUGAUCGGCUGUAUUAAGCAGCCACUUGACUUUAGUAGCCUAUCAGCAAACUGCCUGACAUUUAGCUUUAAAACUUUUAUCGCAAGCAAAAACCAGGUCGAUAUGUCUAAGGUCACACCUUGCGGUCAAAGUUCAAAUUCAGGAAUGACUUUGUCAAGAGUAUUUCUGAGGGAUUUUGAUGUAACUUGGCACAAAUGUUCACAACAAUGAGGCACCCAUGUUGUCAGAAUUACUUACUUUUGUUUUACUAUAAAUAGCUUGUAUUGUAACUUUUAUUACUGUAUAUAGGGGAAAAUUGAUACCACUUUCUUGUGGUACAACAUGCAGGUUAAAAUGUUUAGCUGUAUUUUGGACUUGUGUUAUAUAGAAUAUUUUUUUAGAAUUUAACUUCUCUUUGUUGGUACUACAAAUAACUUGUAUAACUUUUUAUAAUUGGCUAGUGUAGCCGGCAUAUAUUGCAACAUUCUGACACCUGUUGGACUAGAUGUAGGCAGGCAUAUAUUGCGACAUUCUGACACUCUUGUUGGUAUUGAUAAUCAGUUAGAAUUUUCAUACCAGUCCAUAUUUGGCCUAAAUCUUUUAAUCAUAUGGCUUUGAAACAUAACUAGGACAAGGACUUGAGCUCAGUUAUGGUCCUUUUUUGACAUAGAAAUUAGUUAAAUUUCGCAUACCAUUCCAUAUUUUCUGAAAUUUUUGAUAUAUUGCUCUGAAACUUCUAACACUUUCCUAAAGGGUUACAUAGAUGUUAAUGUGGUUCACUAGAUUUAAGUCCCAUUUGUCUGGAUCUUCUUGAAACGUUUUUGUUUAUGUACAUAGAUGAUUAAUACUGGCAACAAUAACUCCCUUGUAUUUCAUAAACGUAUGUGUUUCAGAAUGUUAUUACCUAAUUAUCUUGUAUAUUUUAUAACAUUAUAUGUCAAACUGUGAAUUAUGGACACAUAUAUAUCUACAACAUUGCUGUGAUUUUGAUAUA